UGUCAAUUUCGUCAACAGUUGUUUUAGCUAAUUUUAUGUGUGAAAAGUGUAAAUUUAUAAUAUUCCUGCAACAAAAAAAAUAAACAAUAUGCCGUGCUGGUAUUGGGAUAAAAAGGACCUGCGUGAUACACCUUCCAUUCUGGAUGGAAUAUCAUUUGAGACUGAACGCCGCUACCGAAAGGAAGGUGCACGCUUUAUAAUGAAUUGUGGCACAGAAAUGGGACUAGGUCAUAACACUAUGGCUACCGGUGUAGUGUAUUUUCAUCGCUUUUAUAUGUUCCAUUCCUUUAAAAGCUUCCCAAGAUAUGUUACUGCUUGCUGUUGCCUCUUUCUUGCCGGUAAAGUUGAAGAAACACCGAAGAAGUGUCGCGACAUAAUAAAAAUAGCAAGAACUUUGCUGUCCGAUAACUAUUUUUACUCCUUCGGAGAAGAUCCCAAAGAAGAGGUUAUGACAUUGGAGCGCAUUUUGCUGCAAACUAUAAAAUUUGACUUGCAAGUGGAACACCCCUACACAUUUCUUUUAAAAUAUGCGAAAUGUUUCCGUGGCGAUCAAGUGAAAUUACAAAAAAUGGUGCAAAUGGCUUGGAAUUUCGUAAAUGACUCCCUUAGCACGGUUGUAUGCUUGCAAUGGGAACCCGAAAUUAUCGCAGUGGCACUUAUACAUCUUGCUAGUAAGCUGAGCAAAUUUACCGUCGCCGACUGGGCUGGACGUCAGCCGAGUCAUAACCGUUGGUGGGACAUGUUUGUAUCAGAUGUAACAAUGGAGAUUCUUGAGGAUAUAUGCCAUCAAGUUUUAGACUUAUAUCAACCCAAUCAGAAAGAGACACCUGAAUCCAAUAGUCCACCACAAAAACCACCUAGUCGCGCAGAUAGUCCAACACCAACCAAACCUGUCAUUACCACUGCUAACACGAGUUCACCCGCGGCAAAACUAAAGCCACCACAACCUAGUACUUUUAACUCCGUCACAAAUGCGCAACCCGCGAUACCAGCUGCUAGUGAGCUUAGUAAUAUUCAGACCAUAAGAUCGCUGGCAAAUUCUGGCCCGAUUGCACCCACAGUUGGAGAGCCUGCCGCUAUACCUACAGUCGGUAUGGCCUCAACUUAUCACAAUAUGUAUCCGAUACCUUCUUCAGUAACUUCACAUCCAAUACAUUCGCUUUAUAAUUCAAAAGUUCCUGCUCCACCUCAACCGCCACCACAUAAUUACGCAGGUCCUGGUGGACCAUCGAAUGUCGUACCUCCACCACUUCCACCACCCAUAGCACCAUAUAAUAUGCCACCAGCAGCGCCAUGGGGCGGCCCAGCUUUGAACACAAAUUCACAUUAUCCAUCAAAUGUACAACCGCCUAUGCCACCUGGACCAAGUGGUGGGGGUACACAGCACGGAUACCAGGGAACUUCCCAAUAUUCUCGACGUAAUUACAUGUGAUUUAUUUGCUCAUUAAACGCGAAUGACUAUUCAUGCAAAGCAGAUUUAAAAGGAUUAAGAGUUCUACUAAACCCGGUAAUGAAUAUUUGAUACAUUUAAGGAAAAUAUAUAAUAAAUACAACAUAUAA